AUGAACUCCGGCGUACAGAAUCUGGUGAUCUCCCUCGGAGCCAUGCAAGUGGCGCGCAAAAUUCCAUUCGACGACCCAGAGGUCCUGACUUACGUUCGAAUUGGCUAUGUUGUCUCCCAGAUCAUCAUACUGGGUGUCUACUACUACAUUACCCUCGUCAUCAAGAAAAAGAACGACCAGACAGUAUUGAAAUAUGUUGAUGCGCCCAACGCGAUGACACAGGAACCUGGUGCUUUGGUGACGACGACAGUGAAGGACUAUGACCUGGCGGAGACAUCAAAACUGAUCCGUAGCGCGUACAUGGGAAUCGCGAUGAUGGGCUUCCUCCACGGCUACCUAAAGUUCACCCAGCCAUUGUUCAUUCAAGCCCUAAUGGGACUGAAGAACCUCUACGACGCGAAGCCCGUGGCUCUGCACCUUCUCGGAAAGCCCGCUGAGGGCGACCUCAAGCGACCAUUCAAGAGCCCCCCUGGCAUGUUCGGCAUGGCAACCCCUGCUCCUGCAACUGACGCCGCAGCUAUUGCUGAGGCCGAGAAGCGUGUCGGUUCGAAGAAGGAGGAGUAA